UUUUCCAUUGGCGGCCGGUGUGUCACACUGUAAAAAGGAAAUAUUCCUGUAAAUCUUUUUUAUCGAAUGUAACCGUCCCUUCUAGAUUUUGCCACCUACCAAUCGAUGUCGUCAUUGCUGAUCAUCACACUUAAAAGUGUUUUUCCGUCCCACCCUAUAAAGCCAGACUGUUCUUUUUGCAUGUGGACACAAUUGUGAACCAAAUUAAAAGCUUAAACCAACAAAAAAAAAAAAUUGAAGCUUGCACACUCCAACAAUGGCUACCGAAACAGUAGAGUCUUUGCCUCCUACAUUGGAAGCUAAUGCUGAGCAACCUCCAUUGUUUGAUGGAACUACCAGGUUGUAUACUUCUUAUACUUGCCCUUUUGCACAACGUGUGUGGAUCACCAGGAAUUAUAAGGGAUUGCAAGAUGAGAUUAAACUUGUUCCUUUGAACCUUCAAAAUAGACCUGCUUGGUACAAGGAAAAAGUUUACCCUGUAAACAAGGUGCCAUCCUUGGAACAUAAUGGCAAAAUCAUUGGGGAGAGUCUUGAUCUGAUUAAAUAUGUUGAUAGCAACUUUGAAGGACCUUCUCUUGUACCAAAUGAUCCUGACAAGAAAAGGACCUUAGAGGAGUUGUUGUCAUAUGCUGACAAAUUUAUGGAAAUGCUUUUUGCUUCAUUUAAAGGAGACCCAGAAAAAGAAGCUGGUGCUGCUUUCAAUUACUUGGAGGAUGCUCUUAAAAAGUAUGAUGAUGGUCCAUUUCUCCUAGGCCGGGACUUUAGUCUGGCGGACAUUGCCUACAUUCCUUUUGUUGAAAGAUUCCAGAUCUUCUUAUCGGAGGUUUUUAAGUAUGACACCAUUGCCGGCAGGCCUAAACUCGCUGCAUGGAUUGAGGAGUUGAACAAGAUCGACGCCUAUAAACAGACGAAGACAGUUGAUCCAAAACAGCUAGUGGAAUACUAUAAGCAGCGUUUCAUGGCUCAGAAGUGAUGGAACUGCUGACAUCUUAAGAUAUAUACAUAAUAUAUAUAUAUAUAUAUAUAUGUAUGUAUGAAAAUAAGCUUGGUGUUUGUUGAUGAGUGUUUCUUGUUUGUUUUUCUUCAGUGAUAUACUCUAUGAUAGUAUGUACUUGUGCCAGUUUGAAGGAUCUCUAGCAUGUAAUAGCAUUUGGAAUUUUACAUGAAUAAAUUUGAAGCAACUGAGAUUUUGCAUUUCAAA